AUGAUUAUGAAAGAAAAAGACGUUGUGGUGAUAAAAGAACCAUCAACAACACACGAGAACCAAGAAAAGAUUAAUGAGAAGAAAGAAAAGGGAUUAAAAGGGCAAUGUGAGCCAACUCUACAACCCACUUGUGAAAUACCAAUAGCCAAUAAUCUCACACCAAUGCAAGAUCACAAAAAAAUUGAUGACAUUGAGACUAAACCCUAUGGGGAUAAAGUUGUGAGUAAAUGCCAUAAUCCUGGCCCAUGA